GUGUCCACGCCUCGCGCCGGCUCCUCCACUUCCCUCCGCCAGCCCCUCCUGGCUCCCACACCGAAGGCGAAGACGAAGGGCCAGAGCCAGGCGAAGAAAGCCAAGCAGGAUGCAGACCUCCGGGCCAAGUACGAGGAGUGCACAUGCGAGAAGGCCCUGCGCAGCGCGGCCUUGCGCUGGGUGAUGAUGUGCGCCGCGGUCAUCGCGACGGGGAGCUUGAUGCUGGGCUUCGUCACCGUCAAGGUCAACAGCAGUCACAAGAUGGUCACGGACGACAAGUACGAUGACAAGGAGGCCACCGUCACCAAGAGUCCGAAGGAAAGCCACGGCGCCUACGCACCGCUUCACCCGACCGAGCACCAUCACAAGGAAACACACAAGGAGCACACCGACGUGCCAUCAGCACCUACUACCAAGGAGCACGAGCACGGCCCAACAGCUCCGCCCAAGACCAAGAGUCAUGAAGAAGAGCCGGAGAAACCCAUUCCAGCCAAGCAGCCGAAGCCGGCCGAUUCACACCAUGGCGGUGCCAAGGCCGGUGGUGCAGCGACGCCAGCCAAGCACCAGUCUGCGCUCAAGUCUGCCCAGAAAGAGUUGAAGGAUGAUCUCAACAAGCUGGCCGACCUGGAGGAGGUAGUUAUGCUGAUAGCGCGAGCACGAGAGUAUGACCUUAGAGAAGGGCGGCUGAUGGCAACCAUGCUUGACUCGAGGGACACGAGCAGUAGAUCGCUUCGGGUCCAGCUGACCUCACAACCCCAGGGCAGUUCAGCAGAGCGCUUUGGUUACGAGCCCCCGGCACGUGUAGCCUAUCCGCCGCUCGUCGAGUGCAUCAGAGCGCAGGCUUUCAAUGCAUUCAUAUUCGUGGUGUUUGCAGGGACUGCAGUUUGGAUAGGCGUAGCAUGGGUCCAGCUGGCUGACGAUAGCAUGGCCAAGAAGAGCCCAAGUGGUCUACCUGCUGAAUUGAUUCCGCUCAUCAAGCUGCUUUCCGUGCCUCUGGUUUGUCUUCUUUUCACGUGGUUUCAUGUCUGGCUGGCCUUGCAGAUGAUGUUCUUUCCGAUACAGUUCGUCGGAUGCCCUCGACACCCUAUUGUUCCUACCUGGCUUGGGCUUCCCAUAAAUGGAUGGCAGGGCAUUGUGCCACGAAAAGCCGAUGUCAUGGCACGACGAGCUUGCGCACGGAUGAUUGGAAACAUCGUCACAGUCGAGGAGUUCAUGGACCGGAUUGAGCCCCAGCACUUCUUCGAUGCUUUAGAGGAUCUCAUGGGUGGCCUUUGCUUUCAGGUAUUGGAAAAAAUCAUGCUGAAACGUUUGCCGACCGUCUGGAGUGCCCUUCCCAGCUCUGUCCAGCACGAGCUGAAGCUAAAAGUACUCGAGGACACCAAGCAGAGCUUUGGACAGGCCAUGGUGGACUUAAAGACGAACAUCAGUUCUAUUCUCGAUUUGCAAGCGAUGGCUGUUGAGACCUUCGUCAACAACCCACGUAUGAUGGUAGAUAUGUUCAGAUCUGUGGCGUUGAAGGAGCUAGUCUUCAUCCAACGCGUCGCAGCAGUGAUGGGCUUCGUCCUGGGGUUAGUUCAGGUAGUUUUCUACGUCAUGUUGAAAGACUACCCGGGAAUGGACUACGUCAUGCUACCUGUGUCUGGGCUGAUCAUUGGGUAUUUUACGAACUUGUUGGCGCUGAAGAUGACUUUUCGUCCAGUAUGGCCGCACCAGUACUGCAAUGGCAGAGUCAUUGUGCAGGGGGUCUUCUUGAAACGCCAACGCGAGGCAUCGCAGAAGAUGGCAGAGCUGAUCUGCAGGAACGUAGUGGACGCGAGAGCAAUGCUCAACUACAUGUUGCGAUCUCCGUCGUCCACAGGAGUGGAGAAGGUUUUAGACAUUUAUCGAAGCCAUGUUGGCCGCUCCGUCGACAAGAGCAUGGGCAUAGCCAAAAACAUGGCAAUGGUUGCCCCGGCUACACUGGGUUCGCAAAUUAACGAGAUGAAACAAGAUGUGAUUGACUUUUCGUUGGAGCUAUUACCACAGCAUUCGAGGGCGAUUGAAGACUACAUGGACAGAACCAUGAAAGUGCAGGAGACUCUUACGUGGCGCCUUUCGCGCAUUUCGCCGCCUGAGUUUGAAAGCAUCAUUCAUCCAAUCUUUCAAGAUGAUGAGUGGAUUCUGUUGGUGGUGGGUGGUGUUUUAGGCGUUCUCAUCGGCUUGCUACAGGCCUGGGCUUUGCAGGCAUUUUGA